CCAAAAGACAACCGGUUUAUCCGGUUCUUCAUCCACAGAACCGGUCCAAAUCAAAUCUCAACCGCUGGAUUUCCACUGGAUAGACACGGAUGAGACAAACCAACCUCUAAACUUACCGGUUCAUCCGGUCAGAUCUCUCAUAUCUCUCCUCUCUAUAAAUACCAAACCGAACCGCUUCGCUCUCUUUUGGUUCUCAGCGAUUAAAAAAUCAACCAGAGCUUAAAGCCGGUUGGUUAGUUAGUUUAGUUGGUUGGCGCGCUCGGUAUACAACAUUGAAUGAAAAAUGGCCUCCACUUCGGAAGUGAUACUCCCAAUUGGGUACGCAAAAGCAUGACCCGGCGUGGAAACAUUGCCUGAUGAUCCGGUCGGGUGGCCGGACGAAGCUCAAGUGCGUGUAUUGCAUGAAGCUGUUCCUCGGCGGUGGAAUUCAUCGGAUCAAGGAGCAUCUAGCUAAGCAGAAAGGCAAUGCCUCUCGAUGUCCAAAGGUUCCUCCUGAGGUUCAGAAUGCAAUGCAGGAUAGUCUUGAUGGAGCUGCUGUUAGGAAGAAGAAGAAGCUUAAGCUUGCCGAAGAGGUCACACGGGUUGGUCCUGCCAAUCAUCUCUCUGAUGGGAAUGCUAUGGAUGCAACUGGGAUUCCUAUUGUGUCAUUGCCUGACAUGCUUGAUUCGGGAACAAUCGAGGUGGAGAUUAAGGAGGAAGGUGUGUUGAGAACUGUGGAGAAAGGGAGGAGAAGGAGAGCAAAAUUGGAUGUCCAAGCUGCUCCAUCUCUGGCUCCGCCUGUGGCAUCUGAUGUUGGUCUGCUUAGUAAGUCUCAUCUGGCCCCUGUGAUGGACAAGGAGCAGGUGUAUAUUGCCAUUGGAAGGUUCUUAUUUGAAGCUGGUGUGCCUCUGGAUGCAGUGAAUUCAGCGUAUUUUCAACCUAUGGUAGACGCCAUUGCAUCUGCAGGACCUGGCCUCCAAGUGCCUUCUUAUCAUGACUUCCGUGGAUGGAUCUUGAAGAGAUCGAUUGAUGAAUUGAAUUCAACAAUGGAGCUUUAUCGAGGAACAUGGAGCCGGACUGGUUGCUCAGUGUUGGCUGAUGAGUGGACCACGGAUAUGGGCAAAACACUGAUAAAUUUCUUGGUUUAUUGCCCCGAGGGAAUGGUGUUUCUCAGGUCAGUUGACGCUUCGCAUAUAAUCACUUCGGAGGAGACUCUCUACGAGUUGCUCAAACAUGUGGUGGAACAGGUUGGGGAGAGAAAUGUCGUUCAGGUAGUCACUAAUAACUCGGAGGUCCAUGUUCUUGCUGGGAAAAGGUUGUCUGAGACCUUCCCUACUUUGUUCUGGACUCCAUGUGCGUCUCGGUGUAUUGAUGCAAUGCUAGAUGAUAUCAGCAAGUUAGAUGACAUAAGUAUGAUUAUUGAGAAUGCCAAAUCCAUUACAGGAUUCAUCUACAAUCAUGCAGAUGUUUUGAAUAUGAUGAAAAGGUACACAAAUGGAAGGGAUUUGAUAGUUCUUGGGGAAUUUCGUGCUGCAAUGAAUUUCAUCACGUUGAAAACCAUGACUACUUUGAAGGAUGAACUUCACGCUAUGAUUACUUCAGAGGAGUGGGCGGACUGCCCUUUUUAUAAGAGGCCAGCAGGGAUUGCAAUGACUAAUCUUGUCAGUAGCUCAACAUUUUGGUCUUCAUGUGCUAUGGUUGUUCGAAUAACAGAACCACUUGUGAGAGUUCUAAAUUUAGUUGACAGCAAUAGGAGACCAACCAUUGGCUAUGUUUAUGUGGGUAUGUACCAAGCCAAAGAUGUGAUAAAGAAAGAGUUGAUGAAGAAGAACAUUUACAUGCCUUACUGGAAGAUUAUUGAUUGGAGGUGGAAUAGACAAUUGGCUCGUCCACUUUAUGCGGCAGGAUUUUUCCUCAACCCUCUCUUCUUCUACAACCUUCAAGGGCAAAUAUCGAAUGAGAUCUCAUCAGGCAUGCUGGAUUGCAUUGAAAGAUUAGUUCCCGAGCCAAAAGUCCAAGAUAAGAUCCAGAAGGAGCUGAAUCUAUACAAGAGUGCUGCAGGGGACUUCGGCAGAAAGAUGGCAGUCAGAGCAAGGCAUACUUUACUUCCAGCUGAAUGGUGGUCAACUUAUGGAGGAGGUUGUCCAAAUCUGACGCGACUGGCCAUACGCAUCCUCAGCCAAACUUGCAGUGCGAGGGGAUGUGAACGUAAUCACAUUCCAUUUUGAACAAAUUCAUAACCAAAGGCUAAACUAUUUAGAACAUCAACGACUCUGUGAUCUUUUAGUUUGUCCGUUAUAACUUGCGGCUUCAACAAAGGCCACUCUCGAAGAAUAGAUCAUGUGAUCCAAUUUCUGUUGACAAUAUUGAUGUUGUUGAUGAUUGGAUUGUGGAGAAAAGUGAACUGCUGAGUGGGUUGGAAGAAGAAACCAGUUGGAUGUCACUUAAUCAACCAGUGGCUAGUGAGCCACUUGCACAAUAUCCAAAAGACGAGGAUGCUGAGGCAUUCAUUUCUGGUCUUGAUCUUGAGGUAAUCCAAGGUGCUGGUCGAGAGGCAGAGGAUGAUGAUGAUGAUGAUGAUGAUGAUGACUGCAAAGUGGAACAUGAUGCCCAUAAUGGCACUUCCUUUUCAUAAACUUUAUAAAGUGUCAGGAGACCAAUAAAUUGAUGCAGUGUACAUCUCUAGUUGUUUUUAUUAAUUAAGAGUUCUUAU